UUUGAUUGCCGAGCGCAAGUCCCGGGUCGUGAGAGACUAGCGGGCUGUGAGCUGAGUGAGUACUCAUAAGAAAACCCUCAGAUUUUUAGAUCCCUGCAAGUAACGGAGAUUUCAACUCAAAGAGGAUGAUGCAUCAACUGAGAGGGAUCCUUCAAACAUCUCCAUGCAAAUUGCUGUGGAGAAGGUUCCCGGUUCUGACAUCCAUGCCAGUGAGAACCUGCAGUCUUUAUACCUGCACUUACAGAACCCGGAACCGAGCCUUGCCUCCUCUCUGGGAAAAUCUCGACCUUGUUCCAUCAGGUGAUCGACAGUCACCAAUCAACAUCCGAUGGAGGGACAGUGUCUUUGACCCUGACUUAAAACCACUCACCAUCUCCUAUGACCCAACCACCUGCCUCCACAUUUGGAAUAAUGGGUACUCUUUCCUGGUAGAAUUUGAAGAUUCUACAGAUAAAUCAGUGAUUGAGGGAGGACCUUUGGAACACAACUACCGAUUGAAGCAAUUUCAUUUUCACUGGGGAGCCAUUGAUGACUGGGGCUCCGAGCACACUGUGGACAGCAAAUGCUACCCAGCAGAGCUGCACUUGGUACAUUGGAAUGCAGUGAAAUUUAAAAGUUUUGAGGAUGCAGCCCUGGAAGAAAAUGGAUUGGCUGUGAUAGGAGUAUUUUUAAAGCUAGGCAAACAUCAUAAAGAGCUACAGAAAUUGGUGGAUACUUUACCAUCAAUUAAGCAUAAGGAUACCCUUACGGAAUUUGGGUCAUUUGACCCUUCCUGUCUGAUGCCCACCUGUCCAGAUUAUUGGACCUACUCUGGAUCUCUGACAACCCCACCUCUCUCAGAGUCAGUAAUAUGGAUCAUUAAGAAGCAGCCAGUAGAAGUUGAUCAUAAUCAGCUGGAGCAAUUUCGGACCCUUCUUAUCACUUCUAAAGGGGAGAAAGAGAAACGAAUGGUGGACAACUUCCGCCCCCUCCAGCCACUGAUGAAUCGCACUGUUCGCUCAUCCUUCCGCCAUGAUUAUGUGCUGAAUGUACAAGCAAAACCCAAGCCAGCUGCCAGUCAAGUGGCCCCCUAAAAUGUUCAUGAUAAGCAGUUAUCUUCCUUUAUUCAGAAAAGCUUUUAAAAACGUUAGACUACGUUAAACACCGCCAUUUAAUGAUAUUCACAGAUACACAUUUCUUUUCUUUUUUUUUUUUGGCAUUUCAGAGUUAUCCUUGUAAGGCAGGGAGGAGGAUCCGAACAUUACAAAAUAACCGAUUGGUUAACAUCAAGUUAUUUAGAUUAUCAUUUUUCUAUGAAAAGAUUACUGAUUAGUUAACACCAAGAUAUUUAUGUUACCCCCCUCUUUUGUGAAAGGAUUCUGUAAUCUGAUUUCCUGGAAUGUAAAAUAGGUUUAUUCUCUGCUUGAUGAAAUGGAACUUUAUUGUGAGUGACUCCAUUUUGACUUUGGUUUGCCUGUUGGGGCCUAAUAUAAGAGUUUAGUACAAAAUAACUGCAUGUAGUUUCUCUCCUUUGGUCAGAAUUUCACCAUCAGUAUGCAGUAGUGUUACUUUCAAAUACGAUCAUUUUAGGCCACCAGUCUUAAUGGGUCAUUGAUUCAUGGGUUAGAUAUGCAUUUAUUGUUAUGGGGUGCUUCACCAAUCUUUGAGAUAAGCUAUUUAGUAAAUUAAUUCCUUUAUUUGAUUGAUAAUAAUGAUUAACAACUGUAAUAUCAGCAAAAGACAUGUUUCUCUUACAGAGACCAGUUGGUAGUUUUACUGUGUUUCUAUAUCUGAAAUAUUUUAGCUAUUUUUUGUGUUCAUCAAUGAAUGGUUCUAUAGAGUUUUUUUUAAAAACAGGUAUUAUAAUAAAAAUAUUUAACUGGUAAAGACACAUUGACCACAGAACAUAGGCCUUUAAGAAAACAGCUAAGAAGCCUAGACCUCCUGGUUGAACAUUGGCCAUUUUUUAAGUCUAUUUUACGUCAAAACAUGAAUGUGUAUUGUUUUAUUAUGGCUUCUCAGUAUAUUUUCCCCAGUGUUUAGCUGCCAAUAUUAGCAUCUGAAAUGUCUGCUUAUUAGCAAUUUAUUAUAUAGAAAUAUUUUUUGAAGUGGUAGAGGUGGUGAUAUUGACUGGAACAACACAUAAAGUAAUACAUAUGAAAUAUAACAAUGAAAUCUCCCUCUGUAUUAAUGUAAGCUAAUUUAAAAGAAAGAAAAAAAGAAAUUUUGUAAUCAUAAGAAAAUAUGAACUUUUACUAUCUCUAGAAGUUCCUUUACAUUUUUGAAAAUCAGAUGUUUCACUUAAAAGCUUGGAAAUCCUAUAGAAAGCAUAUGCAGGAUAUUUUAAUAAAAAUGUUUAAA